AUGCCUGCGCAUCCCGAUGCUGAUCUCCAUCCCGAAGCCACUGGGGCUGCUAAAUCCCUGGUUGAUCAACACCAGGCGGAGCAGCCACUCAAGCUAUAUGCAGGGUGGUUUUGUCCAUUCGUUCAGCGCGUGUGGCUUGCACUGGAAGAGAAGCAGAUCCCAUACCAGUAUAUCGAAGUCAACCCAUACAACAAACCGGAAUCGCUAAUCUCCCUUAACCCUCGAGGGCUAGUGCCGACCUUGGCUUGUCCAACUGAGCCACCAAAGCCCCUUUAUGAAUCCACUGUGAUCUUGGAGUACCUCGAGGAGGCCUACCCAGACCGUGGUCCAGCGUUUCUCCCAAAGGACCCAUAUGAGCGGGCCCGAGCCCGGAUCUGGAUAGACUAUGUGACAUCUCGAAUAGUCCCCUCCUUCCAUCGCUUCCUGCAGUUCCAGCCGAGCGAAAAAGGAGCUGCAAAGGACCCAGGGUUGGAUCAAGCUAGGCAGGAGUUUCUCGGUCACUUAAAGGCAUGGAUAAAGGAAGCUCAUCCAGAGGGACCGUUCUUCUUGGGAUCACAGAUCUCUCUUCCUGAUCUUGUGUUAGCCCCGUGGGCAACCCGGCUAUGGAUUUUUGACUAUUACAAGGGAGGUCUGGGAAUUCCUGACGAGGGUGCAGGAGAGGAUGGAUCGGCCUGGGCUCGAUGGCGAAAAUGGUUAGAUGCAGUAGAGUCCAGAGCCUCGGUGAAGAACACUUCGAGUGAGCGGGAGCAUUAUUUACCGAUCUACAAACGAUAUGCGGACAAUGUAGCUCAGAGUGAGUUGGCAAAGGCCACUCGUGCUGGGCGGGGCGUCCCAUGA